CUCCCGGCGGAGCCGCACCAGGGGGCCGUGGGGUUCGGCGGGGCCUCCCGGCGGAGCCGCACCAGGGGGCCGGGGGGUUCGGCGGGGCCUCCCGGCGGAGCCGCACCAGGGGGCGGCGGGGCGCGGGGUUCGCAGCUGCCCGGGAUGGCCCGCCCCGCGCUGCCCAGCCAGGCGCUGCAGGCGCUCUGCUCCGCCGGCGGCUCCCUGGAGCAGGGCGAGCUGUCGCGGCGGCUCCCGGCCCUGAGUCCCAGCCUGGACAGCCUGUUGCUGGCGGAGCCGAAGCGGUUCACGCUGGUGACCCGGCCGGGGCCCGGCUCGCCCGGCGGCCCGCCCCAGGAGCAGCGGGUGGUGGUGGCCACGAGCGCGGUGCGGCUGUGCCCGGAGCACGGCGGGCCGGGACCCGGCUGCGGGGGCCAGUGCGGCCAGCUCCACAUCUGCCGGUACUUCCUGUACGGCAACUGCCGCUACCAGCGCACCAGGAAAGAAUGCAAGUUUGUUCAUAACUUUCAGUCAGAGCAUAACCUCCGUGUCCUAAAAAUACAUGGGCUUCAAAACUUAAAUGAUGAUGAGUUGCGUCAGCUCCUGCUUCAGAAUGAUUCUUCGCUCUUACCUGAGGUAUGCAUGCAUUAUAACAAAGGUGAUGGACUCUAUGGGUCUUGUACCUUCAAGAAGAUCUGCACCAAACUCCAUAUGUGCCAGUACUACUUGCAAGGAGAGUGCAGAUUUGGCAGUAGUUGCAAGCGAUCACAUGACAUUUUAAAUCUGGAGUGUUAUGAAAAACUGGAGAGGCGGGGAAUGAGCCCGAACCUGAUUGCCAAACUGCCUUCUAUCUUCAGGAACAUGUAUGACAUCAAAAAUGGCACUUCUUCACCAUGCAAAGCAAGAAGAGACAGUCUUAGUCAGGUAUCCCUGAAUACAAAUAGUAAUGAAGAAUUAGACGAGAUCUGCUUGUACUACAUAAGGAAAAGUUGUAGCUUUCAAGAUAAGUGUAUCAGAGUUCAUUUUCAUUUGCCAUAUAGAUGGCAGAUCUUGGAAGGUGCCCUGUGGAAGGACUUGAAGGAUAUGGAGAAAAUUGAAAAGGCAUAUUGUGACCCCAGUAAUAACAGGUUUUCAUACAGUGGCUUGCAGUAUAUAUAUUUUCAAAAUAUGACCUGUGGCUCUGCCAAAGUUAGGCGCCUCUCCACAGCAUCAUCCGUGACCAAACCCCCUCACUUCAUUCUUACAACAGAUUGGCUCUGGUACUGGAAGGACGAAUAUGGUGUGUGGCGUGAAUAUGGAACAGAAGAUGAUGAUCAUGAUGCUUCCACAGUAUACAGCAGUGACCUGGAGCACGCUUAUCUAGCAAAAGAACUUCCAACGUUGCAGUUCAAAGCUGGGAGACAUGAAUAUGAACUCAACUUUAAAGCCAUGAAUCAGAGAAACCUUCGCUAUAAGACACAGAGAGAGGUUUGCAGGAGACCCAAAUUCAUCUCCCCGCAAGAUGUGGAAAAACGGAGAACCAGUGGUGUUGAGCAUUCUCAGGAAGAAUCCAUUCCAGCUCACUGGGACAAAUCAGCUUUACCAGAAUUGGGAUACCAGCUGAUCAAACUUCUCAGCUCGUCUGACGAAUACAAGAAGGUCCAGGCUGACUUUCAGCGCACAAUGCCCAAAACAGUCAUUCAAGAGAUUCAGAGAAUUCAGAACCCGACUCUUUGGAAAGUGUAUCAGUGGCAGAAAGAGCAAAUGCUGAAGACUAAUGGAGGAAAAGAUGUGUGUGAAAGACUCUUAUUUCAUGGGACCAGUAAAAAGCAUAUUGAUGCCAUCUGCCAGCAGAACUUUGACUGGAGAAUCUGUGGUCUUCAUGGGACAGCUUAUGGCAAAGGAAGCCAGCAAUCUUACCAACUUGAUCUUUGUCUACUGCAGGAAGCUACUUUGCAAGGGAUGCAUCGUACUCUGAUAACUAUAGCAAGACGUCCUCAAACAUCAAGACCAUGUUUCUGGCUCGGGUCUUGGUGGGGGACUUUACCCUUGGUAGCUCUUCCUAUCUUCGUCCUCCCGCCAAGGACAGCGGAAACAAUUUCUAUGACAGCUGCGUGAAUAGCCUUUCGAAUCCGUCUAUCUUCGUCAUCUUUGAGAAACAUCAGAUUUAUCCUGAGUAUCUGAUCGAAUACAUGGACCAGGCGGUGGCAGCUGCUCUGUCAAUGGCUUCACAUGCAGCUUAUUUUCGGAAUUGACUUAACUGAGGAGAGUUUUUUGUGUACAUUUUCUACACGUGUAGCCUGUCCACCCUCUCCUUGUAACAGUAAGCAGGGCUGAGUAUCUUAAGAAAUUUUAGAAAAGACAUAGUAUUUUUAUGAGUUUCUAAAAUCCAGUCUUUAUUCCUAAGUUUCUCUAGUGGGGCUAACUUGUUUUUCCCACUGUUAGUCUAUUCUGGGGGAUUUAAUAAAUCCAAUAGAUGUUCAUAUCAUUCUUGCACUGUGAGAUGAAGUAAUAGAAAAGCAGGUGGUUGCGAUGUCAUAUGAAAUGCUUAAAAAAAAAAAGGAAUUAUGUCUUCAUUAGUUCUCCCCUAGUGAAGUUAGCUGUGAAACUAGUUUGCCAGACAGAAUCUGCACAAGGCUUCUUGUGGGCAAGUAAUUUUUGUAAUAGUUCCCUGGGGACUGUUGCACACAUGGCCCUCCUGUGGAUCACUGCUACCACAUCAGGGUGACCUACAUCCCUCUACUUGCCAAGGGUUUCUCCUCCUCAUACCUCAGGCCUGCUAAGCCCCAAAUGUGGGUUACAAAUAAAAUAACGCAGGAAGCUUUAAAUCUGUGAAGUUACAUGAGUUUGACUCAGGCUUUGUGGUGAUUUGGUUGGAACAGCGGCAAGCGUAGGUGUGUAAGAUGGGACACCGGAGCAGUUGCUGUGUGUUCUUUCUCCUCUCCAGCAGAACUACUUCAGGCAAAACACCUAAGAACUUCUCUUUCUUACGCUUUUCUCUUUUAGACUUGCCUGUAGGAUUGAUGUUUUUCUGACAUGGUGUGAGAGAUGUGGCUGCUGCAGCUUUCUGCUCUUAUCUGUUCCUAGUUGUCAGAGGUGGUAUAGAGAUACACAUUUGCAUUUUUUUAAAAGCAUGAUUCUUCUUUAAGAAUCAGUGUGGGGAUCAUGUUUAUUGUCUCUGUAGCUCCAGGUUAAAAGAGUUUUCACAAGGCUGUUUUUCCUUGCUGUCAGCCCUGCAAACUCAACUUGGGGAUCUAAGCAUUGAGUGAGGUUCUUUCCUCCUCCUCCAUCAAUGCCAGUAAUAAAGGUUCCAUAGGUCAUGUCGUUUGCCUUCAGUGACAUCUGUGCAAACCCACUAUAUUCUGUGGGGGCUAUACAGGUUUAAGUGAUUGGUCCUGUAAUUGGAAUAUAGAAAACAAUUUUGUUGAUGUAUCAGAAAGGAUAGAAUCUAGUUCACUAUUUGUCUUGGCUCUGUUCAUUCCUGUAUGUUAACAAGAGUCAAAAGCAAUCAAAACUCUGACACUGAAAUCAGCUUUCUAGUUCUUAUAGAUGCAAGGAACAGAUAGGCUGAGUAAAUGUGCCAUUUCACAUACAGUAGUUGCAUUUCAGAAUAGAACUGCACUUCUGAGCUUUCCUCGCUUCUGGGAGGCUUUCCCCUUCCACCUGUUAACUAACGUGUGAAUGAAAAGUUAAGCCUAGAGUUUUAAUAUGUUCCCUUCCAGGGUGUAUUUAUGUGCAGGGUAAAGCUCUGUCCAAAAGCCUGCUGCAAUAUGGGAAAGCAGAAGAAACUUCAAAAUCCUAAUAAUGCCUCUGAUUAUCACUAGUUACUUACACUGCAUGGAUCUCUUCUGACUUCUCUACCUAUCUUCUGGUAAAGAUUGGAAGCAAGUGCUAAAGCUGGAAGCGUAGUAAGGACUGAUUAAAGGUUGCCCAUCCUUGAACGUCAAUAAGACUGUCCGUAUGUACACAAAAUAAACUAUAGUGCCUAAUGUUCUGCUGUGAACAGCUGAGCUACUUAGUUAUGUAAUGACGCUGCUGCAACUAACAAAUGAAUGCGUUAACUAGAGAGCUGUGACAAUUCUGGAUGAACCACUAAAGCUUUCACUGUCCGUACAUGUUUGUCCUGGUAAGGGAAGGUAUAAUAUGACUUUUAUUGGUACCUGGAAAUGUAAGCAGCUGUAUACUUCUCAUUUACAAUCAUGAUAUUGGUGACUGAAGCUUAACAUUUGCAUUGCUUGGAGAGAGGAGACUACUACUCAGGAUCCUCACUCUCCUUUGUAAUGGCUGGGAAUGGUGGGCUUACAGCAGCUGUCUUUCAGUUACAGUAAAUGUAUUGGCUAGUCAUAUAUUCUAAGUGCCUAUGAGGAACAAAUGUCUAACUGGAAGCAAUCGGUAGCCCUUGUUCUCGAUGUUUUUAAUAUUUGAAAUUAAAUCUUCUUCUUCCCAGCCGUAUGUAUGCUACCUUCAGUGGCAAUAUGCAUGGCUCCUCUUUUUUUAAUGCCAAUUAAAAUAUUUUGAACUGAAAACUGA